CUACUCGAGAAUUAUUGUUAAUUAAUCACCUGCUUGACAUUUGAAUAUGGUCUGAUUUUGGGCUCCAAAUUAACAGUUGCGUAGUCCCAAGGGAACAAAGACAAUGCAGAUGCGAAUUCUCAUUAUACCGCUAUUAGUGACUCUCUUUUCCAGCCACGUUGCUUCCAGGAAACUCUCGGCUGCAGAUGAGAAAAAGCUGGAUGAUUUUAUAAAUGAGGCGAUGAAAUGCCAACAUUACACGGGACUUUCGGUCAGUGUUGUGAGGGAGGGAGAGGCCGUUUACACUAAGGGUUUUGGCUAUGCUGUCUUUGAUGAUGAAGACUCGUCUAAACAUGUGAAUUUCACGGCUGACACUAUCCUCCCAAUGGCAUCCGUAUCAAAACACUUCACAGCGUCACUGAUUGGAAUGGUCCUACAAAACACAAGUUAUGAUUGGGACACGCCAUACCGACAAAUGAUGAAGGAAUUGUUUAAUGAAGACUUCUACUUCAAUGGUAUAUGGCGGACCAACAGAACCACCUUAAGGGACCUCCUCUCUCAUAGAAUGGGGACAUCCGGCCAGGAAGUCCUUCUUGCUAUAGACAGGUGGACAAAGCCCGAACUUAUGGAGAGAGUGAGAUUUCUCAAUCCGACUGCGCCAUUUAGAAGUUCCUACUUUUACAACAACAUUAUGUACUCCGUGGCAAGCUACAUAGCAGAGCGACACGCCGGGAAAGAAUGGGAUGAGCUUUUAAGGGAUAAUUUCUUUAACAAGCUUGGGAUGUAUAACACAUCGACAAUAAGACUUGGGAACGAUACCAAUUAUUCUGGAUGGGCCAAACCUCACGUCAACCUUGGUGAAGGGAACGACACCCAAUUUGAUAACAUAUUAGGUCCUUUUCCCAUGUGGCUUUUCAGUAGCGUAGGUAAUGCUGCAGCUGCGGCAGGUGGUAUAGCAACCUCAGCAAAGGAUAUGGCAAAAUGGAUGAACUUCCAAUUGGACUACGAAAAAUACCCAGAGAUUCUCAACCCUAACAUCACCGAUGAUAUUAGAGUUCCAGUCCAAACCAGACAAAAUAAUAUUCUACCCAGGGGCUCCGAGCCAGGCAAAGAUUUUAUGGAUACCCAGGAGAUCUCGUAUGCUAUGGGGAUUACAAAUGGGUUUUGGAGAGGUUACGAACAACUGGCUCACGAUGGAAGCAUAGUUCUCUGGACUUCUCAUAUGACGAUGCUACCAGCCAAAAAGAUAGGUGUUUACUUAGCAUCAAACCAGCCAGCUUUCUUCCUUAAUGAUCUAAGGAAAUACAUCGAGGACGUCCUUUUGGGUGUAGACGAGCCCUGGAUGAACAUUACACGGUUUUGUAAUCUCGGUCUUGAGAAUGUUUCACUUCCACUUAAACAACCAUCUGGUCAUGACGAGGAUUUUGGUAUGAGAGCUGGAAUUGAAACUAUGCUUAGAACAUUGAAACCAGAAUCACUGGUGAAAGCGCAUAGGAAGAUGGAGGGUCGAGAUCUGAAUCGAUUCAAGUCAAACAAAAAUGGAUAUGCCCUUGCUAAAGUCAUUAAGGAUCUCCCAGUGCAGAAAGGGGAAAGAAAGACAAGGGAAAUGAAUGAUAAAUUAAAGAAUUACACUGGCACAUUCGGACAAUUCGCAUAUGGUAAUUGUACAGUGGAUAUAUAUCCAGAUGAUGGUGAUCAUUUCUUAAUUGCUGGCGACUUGAUGAUAACGUAUGGCUGGAUCGAACUCACUUUAACGAAAGAAGAGAAUCAGGAGCACACAUUUGAACUAUCAGUCUGGAAUUUAUACGAGCCAACUCAAGAUAAAGUGGUUUUCUGGAGUUCAAAAAACAAUAGUGUAUUUGAUCGAAUGGAUAUGUCCCUCGACCCAGCUGACAAGCCAUAUACAUGGAGUAGAGACUUAAAAUGGGCAGACGCCCCUCCGCCAGAGACACACGAAUGUACUCCUCCUCCUCCACCAAAAACCUGCCCAACCAUGAAACCGAGCGGAUCCGAAAUAAAUAAACCAACAACAGGACUGGUGUUGCUAGUAUUAGUAUUUUGCACGUGGUUUCAUUCUCAAACCAUCGUGUAAUGUAACUUAGAAAUAAAUUAUACAUUCAGUACAUAUGCAAUCAUUGCUGUGAUUAAACAAUGUAACUGAAUAAAAUAAGGUGACAAGAAUGACGCAAUUUGCUUCCUUCUCUUGCAAAAUGGGACAUUUUUAGUACAGUUGAAGUAGUUUAAAUAUAUUUCAGCUUUACUAAUAAUAUUCUUUUGUAUAUGAUCAAAAGGUUAUAAAAUACAUUAGGUUAUAAAUUGUAAA